UUGAGAUAAAUAUCGCAAAAGUAGCUGUUGUGCUGUUAUACACAUUAAAUUGCAUACGCAGUAAGUACCAAAUGGCCACAGCUGUUUUACACAAACCUAUCCAGAAAGCUGACGAGACUACAGGAACUUGGUCUGCAAUUUUCCCCACAGAGCAAGUAACUGAGGUGCAGUCAGCACUUUUCGUGAAAAAAUUGUUGGCAGUGGCUGUAUCAAAUAUUGCAUAUCUGAGGGCAAUAUUUCCUGAAAAUGCUUUUAGGGACAGAAGCUUAGAAGGUUUAAACCUGAAGAUUCUAAAAGAGGACAAGUCAUGUCCAGGUGCCAUUCAAGUUAUCAAGUGGAUUCAAGGCUGCUUUGAUGCGUUUGAUAAAAAAUAUCUUAGAAUGCUUAUGAUUGGGCUCUACGUGGAUCCAAAAAAUCCUGAUACAGUCAUUGAAUCAUAUAUGUUCAAGUUUUCAUAUGAAAAAGCUGGAGGGAUGGAGAUCUAUAGAAACAAUGAGAAGAUAUCAGGGGCCCACUCAGACACAGAGAUACGGAAGGCCACCAUUCGGAUGUUGAGGAGCAUCAUCCUUCUUACCCAGACCUUGGACUCCUUGCCUGAUGACAUCAUGAUGACAAUGAAGCUGCUCUACUAUGAAGAUGUGACACCAGAAGAUUAUGAGCCCCCAGGUUUUAAAGCUGCUGACAAUGAUAACUUUGCAUUUGAAGAUGAGCCGCUGUCCAUUAAAGUUGGGGAUGUGAACACAGGUGCAACCCAGCUCAAUGACCUUCGAGUUGACAGCCACACGUCAUAUGAACACAGCUCCAGUGUGUCGGAAUUUCAAAACUGUAUGGCAGAUGUUCUGAGGAGUGAUCUUCUCCAGAAGAUACAGACAUCAUGCAACUUUAAGGUGCGUAUGAAGACUAACAAGGAGCAGUUUGAACUGAGGAAUACCCAGCCUGACCAGCAAGAGUUGGAGUUGAUGGCUUCACAGAGCAAUGAAAUCAAGACAGGUCUUGACAAUGAUGGAGCCACUGAGCUUAAGGAGACAUCCCAAGAAUCCAGUUCCAUGACAAAGCAACUACGUCACCGUCUGAAGGAGCCAUUGAUGAAUGCAGAUAUUCCUAUGGAGUCACCUGCCAAACCAGUAGAGAAGGCAGUUGAUAUUGUGGUUUCUGAGGCUAGUCAAGUGUCUGAAUCAGAGGAGUUCAAAGUGAGGUGUCCAUGUGGAUGCAAUGAGGAUGAUGGGCUGAUGAUUGCCUGCGGGGAGUGCAAGUUCUGGCAGCAUGCAAUCUGCUUCCUGGUCAUGGAGGAGGAUGAAGCCCCUGAGUGUCACGUCUGUGAUGUCUGUGCAAAGGACAUGGAAGAAGGCAAAAAAGUUACAGAUCCUUACUUGACAAAAUUGUCUUCUUUACAAGUUCAGGCUACGUGCCUGUGGCGGCGUACCCUGCUUGCCUGUCUUGACUUAGACCGAGUGCUAGCUCCAACCCUGGCAACCAGACUUGGUGUAGAGGUCACCGUGGGACAAGGGCUGGUCAACAGACUCAACAAAGAGGGAUAUCUCAAGCCACCUACAAAACCAAAGAAACUUGGAAGAGUUGUGGAUAAGGAAAAGAUAACUUCUGAAGCCAUUCCAAAAUACCUGAGGCAACCAGAGAAAUCAGACCUUUCAGCAAGAAAAGCCGAUGAACAACAAGAAUGUGAAUCUGUUAAAUCUGUGCCAAGACAACAUAUCGAGGUUGAAAUGCUCACUGAGAAAACUGAAAGUCUGAAACUGCAGAAUGACAGAAAAGGUAACAAGCUGUCUCGCAGUAAAAAGGCUGCCAGAAAUGCUCAAAGUGAAGUGGUUCCAAAGGGAUUAGAUGGACAUGAUGUGAUUGUGUCCAGUAUAGGCACACAUUCCAAAUGGAACAGAGACAAGUCAAGGAAGAGAGCAUUCCCUAAAAAUAAUGAGGACGAAGAAUUUGAAAUCUCCAGUACCCAGGAUGAGUAUCGGGCUGCACCAGGAAAGAAAAAGAAAUCAAGUGUUCCUACCAAGGCCAUUAUGGUUUAAAUUCAGCCAUUUUAAGUUCAAUUGCGAAUAUUAAUCUUUUGCUCCAUGGUUUGCUGUAUGUUUAUUGAACUACAGACCAUUUUAAUCAUCUUUGUAGAUAAAAUAUGGCACUGUCAGUGGUGAUGUUUAAAAAAGUCAAUCGGUUGACAAUGGAACUAUUAAUCUGCUUUGCAAUUCUGAAAUAGUUUUCUUAAUCAUUAAAAUGUGUUGAGUGAAAUGUUAUGUUGAGUUAGAUUAACAUUUUAAUGGUAGGGUAUUUAAAAAAAACAAACAAUAAUGUUUAUAGUAUUGUAUGCUCAUAACCAAGAAGUAGGAUGUGCAAUUUAGGGAUCACCAUAUCAUAUGUCUCUGUUCUUUGGUCUGUCUAAUCGUCUGUCUUGAAACCAAAGUUUGAACUCCUGAAUCCUGCUUAUAUGCACAGUUUGGCACAAAUAUUAACAUAAGAUAUUGGACAGUUUGUAAAGUGCAAAAAAUAAAAGGCUGUCUAUAGGGUCAAGGUUAGUUUUAUGUAAAUAGUAAAAUAGCACUGUAUAGUCAAAUAUGUGCAUCUGAGCUCCUAACUUUCCAAUGCAUGAAAUGAUAAGGUGUCUAAUGCAUAAACCAUGUGUACCUUAGAAGGUCAAAAUAUAGUCUUACAUUAUAAAAAAUAGUCCAGUGAUCUUUCUAUCCUAAUGCAUGGAAGGAAAUCGUAAAAUUUCAAGCUAUAUGCAAAUUUGUGUCACGCCUACCGAAUUGAUCACUACCAUAACUAUCAAGAUGUUUACUUUAGGUAAAAAAUAAAAUGCUUUUGGUUAAAAUAUUGCUUGCUGGAGGUCUAGAUUUGUAUUCUUUUUUGCUUGUUCAAUUAUGUCUUGUACAUAUCAUUUGAGUCUUUACAUUUUUGUCUGGUUAAACAAUACAACUUAAGGGGGAAAUCAAUGUCAGUGGUAUGAAAGAUUGCCCUUGUUUUCUUUUAAUGAAAUGUUGAAACAUUAAGAUUUAAUACUUGUAAACAUACUUUAUUUUACUUGUUUAAGUGGUGUUUUUAUCAUGUAUCCUUUAGGACUGCUUAAUUCAUUUACAAUCAGAAAUUUUCAUUGGUUGUUACUUAGGUUAUGCCUCGUCUUAUCUUAACACAUUGGAUAUGCCUUGUGUCAUACCUUUGUCUACAUUUUUGACAUACUAAAGCAGCCCAUCCACACACAAUAUCAUUGUCAAUUUUAUUGUCUCAAUAAUAUUGACAGAAUAUUUUUUUCCCUUAAAGCGGCCCAUCCACACACAAUAUAAUUGUCAAUUUUAUUGACUCAAUAAUAUUGACAGAAUAUUUUUUGCCCUUUAGCCAUGUUGACUGUAUGGAAAUUUUGACGAGACUACCGGUACAUAUAGAAAUGUAUAAAUAUUGAUUAAAUAUUAUUGAAGGGUGCAAAACACUUGUCAAUAAAAUUGACAAUGCGUCAAUAAAUAUUUGAGAUCUCUGAUUUUCUUCAAUAUAUUGACUCAAUCUUCAAUAUCAUCCAUUCACUAUCAAUUUUAUUGUCAAUCUUCAUUAUUGACAACUAUAUUGAUUGUGGAUGGGCCGCAUAAUUUGUGUUAUUUUGAUCAUCAUGAUAUCAAAGAUGAACACUCGGUUGUUGAAUGAUAGUUUUCUGACAUUUUAGUUGUUUGUCUCCUGAUUUCCAAUACAUGUGUAAAUUAUAAAUAUCAAACAAGAUCAACAUACCUAACCAGGCACAUUGUGUGGGUAUUUAACUCUUAGUUUAGUAAACAAAUUUCAAUUUACAUUAACUUGAUAGAUGCUGGGUAAAUGGUCUACCAUAGUACUUUGAAUAUCAAAUCAAUACCUGGUUUACUGUUCAUGCAUUUUUAGCUCGUUUAUUAUGUAGGAAAUAUAUAUAGUGGAGCUAUCCUACUCACCCCGGCGUUAGCAUUCCCGUUAGCAUGCAAAUGUUAAAGUUUGCAUACCACCCCAAAUAUUUUCAAUGUGCCUUUACAUAUUGCUUUCAUAUUUUGCAUACUUCUUUACCAAAAUGACCCCAACCUAUAAACAAGAGCAGGCAACUGUAUCAAGUAUUUUGUAAGAAUUAUGGCCCUUUUUUCACUUAGAAUAUGCAUAUUAUUGAUAAAUCUAUGUUAAAGUUUGCGUUUUUUCACUUAGAAUAUGCAUAUUAUUGAUAAAUCUAUGUUAAAGUUUGCGUACCACCUCAAAUAUUUUCAAUGUCCCUUGACAUAAUGCUUUCAUAUUUUGCAAACUUCUUUACCAACAUGACCCCAAUCUAUAAACAAGAGCAGACAACUGUAUAAAGCAUUUUGUAAGAAUUAUGGCCCUUUUCCCAUUUACAAUAUGCAUAUUACUUAAGUUACGUUGCCUUAACUUCUUUAUUUAUGAUCAGAUUUUAUUAAUACUUUGACAAAACAACACUUACCUGAAUACCACAAUGGAUUCCACCCAAACAAUACCCCACGCCCCAACCCAGAAUCCCUGCCCCCCCCCCCCCCCCCCCCCCAAAAAAAAAAUUUUUUUUUUUUCCUUUUUAGCUCACUUGAGGGCAACGUGCUCAUGAUGAGCUUUUGUGAUCGCCUUUUGUCCGUCGUGCGUCGUCCUUCGUCAACAUUUUGCCUUGUGAACACUCUAGAGGCCACAUUUUUUGUCCAAUCUUCAUAAAACUUGCUCAGAAGAUUUUUUCUAAUGAUAUCUUGGAUGAGUUAAAAAAUGGUAACCUUUGCUUGAAAAACAUGACUGCCAAGGGGCGGGGCAUUUUUCCUUAUAUGGCUAUAGUAAAAUCUUGUUAACACUCUAGAGGUCACAUUUAUUGUCCAAUCUUCAUAAAACUUUGUCAGAAGAUUAAUCCCAAUAUUGAAUAAUAUCUUGGAAGAGUUCGAAAAUAAUGCCGUUUGGUUGAAAAACAUGGCCACCAGGGGGCAGGGCAUUUUUCCUUAUAUGGCUAUAGUAAAACCUUGUUAACACUCUAGAGGCCACAUUUAUUUUUCGAUCUUCAUGAAACUUGGUCAGAUGAUUUGUCCCAAUGAUAUCUUGGAUGAGAAUGAAAAUGGUAACCUUUGCUUAAAAAAACUUGGCUGUCAAGGGGCGGGGCAUUUUUCCUUAUAUGGCUAUAGUAAAAUCUUGUUCACACUCUAGAGGCCACAUUUAUUUCCAAUCUACAUGAAACUUGGUCAGAAGAUUCAUCCCAAUAAUAUCUUAAAAGAGUUAAAAAAUGAUGCCCUUUGGUUGAAAAACAUGGCCGCCAGGGGGCGGGGCAUUUUUCCUUAUAUGGCUAUAGUAAUGAUACCUUGGAUGUCACAGUUCGAAAAUAAUUAUAUUUGCUUGAAAAACAUGGCUUCCAAGGGGUGGUCUUCAUGAAACUUGGUCAGAAGAUUUGUCCCAAUAAUAUAUUGUUAUCUCAGGUGAGCGACUUUGGGCCUUUCAGGCCCUCUUGUUUUAUUUUUGAAAGAUCAUCUAAUAAAUGACCACACCCCACAUUAUAUCCCCCUACCCCCCCCCCCCAAAAAAAAAACAACAACAUUUUUUUUUCCUUUUAUAUUUAUUAACUUUAUUUUUGAAGGACUGUCCAAACUUCCUACCCAAGCUAUUGCUAUCAAACUUGAAAUAAAAUCUAUUUAGUUUGUUUUAUGUCUACAAAUAUUCAAUAGAUUGUUGAAAAUAUACCUGAACUAUUACCUUGACCUUAUUGAAUUAUUUGAAGAAUUACCCCCUGAUGGCUUACGUUAUACUGUCAAGCACUGGAAUAGUCGAGCGCACUGUCCUCUGACAGCUCUUGUUUGGUAUGUUCUUCAUUUCUUUAAUUCUAAAAAUGCCUCAUUCUAUGGAUUUAGAAUAGAAAACAAGUUUAGAAGUAAUUAACAAUUUCUUUUGUGUUGUUCAUGUAGGUGUAAAAUGUGUUUGUUUGAUGCAUUAAGUGUCUCUUAUGUGUUUAUUGUUAAUUAUUGAAGAAAAGCAGUAAUGUGAUAAAAUUGACAAAGAAAUCUUACAUAUUUCCACAUUAUAUACUAUGUUAAAUGUUUUGUUGAUGUUAAUAAAACAAUGUUACGUUUUA